AUGCGUGAUCCACCUGAGGCAUCAGCUAGGCACGACAGGGCUCAAAGCGGCGAGCGCGACUACAGCGGCGGCUAUGCGCGGUGGUUCACGCCGGCGUGCAGUUGGAGGAAGUGCAUCCUGAGUUCAAGUUUCCUUCAGUGUUCCGAAUGCAAGGUUCCUCUCCGGCCUCCCAUUUUCUCGCUUUGGUUUUGUAACCGUCUCAUUUGUAGCGCCUGCUACCAUGCUGAUCUCGGCACCUACCGUCACUGUACUGAGCUCGAGUACCUCCUCCAAGGUAUAACGGUCAAAUGCGUUGCCUGCAAACAAUACCUUCCAUUCUCCACAUUGGGGUCACACCAGGUUGGCGAUUGCCUCAAGCAUAAAUUGCAAAACAUCGCCCCAGAUGAACAGGAAACCGAGAUGGGCAGCAAUAGUAUCCAUGGGAAACACAAGCGAAAGGCUCCUUUUGAGGUUGGUAAAAUGGACAAGCACAUUGUUCAUGGUGAUGAGGUUGGGUAUGAUGACGGCUCAUGUGAUGACAACCAUGGCACGAGUGAGGAUGUGUUCAGUUGUGAAGAUGAUUCUGUUGACAAAAUGGAUGAAGGGGAGGAAAUUGAAAAGGUGUGUUGGGUGGUUGUACUUUUCUCUAUAUUCAUCUUUAACAUCAGUUGAUUCACAUGCAUCUUA